AAAACUAUCGUCACCGGUCACCGGCAACUAAUCUCCGGUCACAAAAUCUCUCUCCAUCUUUCUCUCUCCAUUUCUCCAUAAAUCUUGGUUCAUCUUUAGGAAGAUUGAGAGUGUUUGAAGUUGAAAUCAAGUGCUAUUUGGAUGAAGGCGAUGCUGUGGAUAUAGACGAGUUUGAAGGUUCUGAAAAGUAUCAAUUUGCACGACGUUAUGCCAAGUGAUACGGGAGAUGAAGAAUCUUGUGCUAAGCCCCUUGGAAGAUUGCCUGUCUUAUUCUAUGGCGUGGGACACAUGCUCAAUGACAUCACAUCAGCUUGUUGGUUCACAUAUCUCCUAGUCUUUUUGACGGAAAUUGGACUAUCCCCAAGGAAUGCUGCUGUUGUCAUGCUCUCAGGUCAGGUAGCUGAUGCAUUUACCACUAUAUUUGCUGGUGAACUGAUAGACAGGUUUGGACAUUUCAAAAUAUGGCAUGGUGCUGGCUCUGUUCUGGUUGCUGUUUCCUUUUCUUCUGUAUUUGGUGGCUGUUUACCUUGUAACAUCCUUGGUACCGAUUCAUCUACUUUGGAAACCAUUGGAUAUAGCACAUUUGCUGCAAUAUUCAAUGUUGGCUGGGCGGCAACUCAAGUUUCUCACAUGGCUAUGGUGAAUUGCAUUACCCUUGACUCAACAAAUAGAGUGGUGCUGAAUAGUUGUCGUAACGCCUUUACAAUGGUUGCCAAUCUCACACUGUAUGCAGUUGCUUUAAUUGUCUUCAAUUUAAGCUCGUCAGCUACCCUUUUUGACAUAGAAAAUCAAUAUCGCUGGAUUGCUUAUUUGUCUAUUUUCAUUGGAUGCUGCUUUGUUGGUAUAUUUCUUCUGUGGACCAAAGAACCAAGACUGAAGCAAGGAGUCCAUGGUAGAAGUUAUGCAAGGAUAUCUUGGUCUUAUUGGUUUAAAAAGCUCCUGUACUACCAAGUUGCUCUUGUUUACAUGCUUACUCGAUUGGUGACCAAUGUCUCCCAGUCGUUUCUCGCAUUCUUCGUCAUUAAUGAACUGCGGAUGGCUCAAUCAUCUAAAGCUUUGGUUCCUGGAAUCAUAUAUAUCUGCAGCUUCAUUGUGUCCAUCCUUCUGCAGGAAAUAUCAUGGACUGGGAAACGGGUGAAAGGGUUCUACUCUGCUGGAGGCGUUCUUUGGAUUCUUUGUGGUGCUUCGAUUCUCUUCCUACCAAGCCACCUGAAUUUUCUUAUGUACCCCUUAUCAAUAGUGAUUGGCAUUGCAAAUGCCCUUAUAAUGGUGACUGCUAUCAGUAUGCAAAGCUUUCUUGUUGGUCAGGAUCUGAAUGGAUGUGCUUUUGUCUACGGAUCAUUGAGCUUUCUGGACAAAAUGUCUUGUGGGAUUGCGUUAUAUUUACUCGAAUCUUACCAAAUUUCUUUAGCAGAUACAUCAAGAGACUUGCAGGGUUGUAAUGCCAUAGUGGCCUGUUUUACAGUAACAAGAAACGCUUUUGGACUAGUUCCUGCCAUUUGCGCCCUAAUUGGGGUUGUCGCUACCUACACAAUGGAGCUCCACACAUCAUCUCCUAAACCUAUAUUGGAACCCUUAUUAUUGGCAUAAUUUACUACAGAGAAGAUAAUUAAGCAUUGAUGUUCACAGUGAAACCGCUUAAACACGAUAAAAACUACACGACCUACAUUGCAAUGGCAUCAUAUAUGAUCUGGAUCCAGAUUCAGAAAUAUUAGGUCUAUAAUAUAUAGAAGUUUGAUCAGUCAUAGGAUGUACAUUAAUUCUUUCCUGGUUUUGUUAUGAUAUCUAGUUACAUUAGUUUCUGCUAAACAUUUGUUGGUUCUUCUUUUCGGUAAGAAGAAGUUAUAAUCAAGGUUAGCAGGCUGUCAAACAAUAUGGUCCUAGUUUAAUCAAAAUACCAUUUGUACCCUAAUUUCCAUCAAUUAGUCCUUUCAGUUUUUACGAUU